CUUGGCGGAGAAGCAAGAUGGCUACAUCGGCUUGGCUGCAUGGAUCAUCUGCUAUGCGACUAACAGAGGGUUUAGUGUCGGUUCUGAAAGAACACCGUCCAGAGUAUUUACCUGCUUUAUUGGCCAACUACAGAGAACAUGGCGUGUUCCCGACACAGGGCGCGAGCACCGUCGGGGGUCUCGUGGGUUUCAGCAAUGCAAAAUUGGGCUCGAGCAAAACCAGGUUUGAGGGGCUCUGCUUGCUCUCCAUGCUGGUUAAAGACAGCUCCAGUGAUCUGUUCGAGCAACACUGCCUUUCCUGGCUGCGUUCCCUUCAGCAGGUCAUACAGUCUCAGGCUCCAGUUCAGACCAUCCAGCUUGCGGUGAACAUUCUAAAGGAUUUGCUACAGUACUCAUCCCAGCUAGCAGAGCUGGCCAGGGAAGUUGGCCUCAACUCCAUCCUGGGCAUCCUGACGUCUCUGCUGGGCCUCAAGACAGAGUGUGAGCUGUCAGCCAUGGAGGGGAUGACAGCCUGUAUGACCUACUACCCCAGAGCCUGUGGGUCCCUCCGGGACAAACUGGGAGCCUAUUUCCUCUCCAAAAUGGACAGUACAAACAAGAAAACACAAGGGAUAGCUUGUCAGUGUUAUGGUCGCUUGCCCUGUCUGGGGGGCCUGUUGGACAGAGGGGUGGGUGCUGGCAGAGCUGAGGGCUGGACCAAUCAGAUUCACUGCUUACUGGCCUCAGCAAAUGGCCUGCUGGCUCAGAUCUACCAAGGUUCAGAAACAGAUGGAACAGUACAGUAUGAAGGUCCGGGGGUAGAACUGGCCUUUCCUCAUCUCGACCAAUCAGAUCCCCUGCUACUGUUGCAGCUCCAGCACAGAUACACAGCUAUCUGCCUGGCACUCAAACACACACUCAGGGUAGAUCCAGCCUCAGCUGUCCGUCUGCCUGUCAGGCCAAUACUCAACCUGGUGUGCCGAGCCGUCGCUGUCAGCUCCAAGAGCGUAAAUUUAACAGGAGACGGAGGUGUGAGGAUGCUGGUCCUGCCCAUCAUACACACCAACACACUGGAAGUCCUAUCAACUCUUAUCACAGUUGUACGUAGCGGCAUGGUUCAAUACACUGUAGUACUACAGAGGCUGUUCUCUCAAACCCUAUCUGCCUGGACACCUCUGCAUGAAGCCAGUCUGGGACAGCAGAGAGCCUACAGCUCAGUGCGAGUAUCGGUGUACAGAACCUUAGAGCUCUGGGUCCAGGUGGCUGGAGCCUCUGCUAGCAUUCUUCAAGGAAGCCCAAGCCAUUCAGAGCUCCUUUUUAGCCACCUGCUCGGUGACAUCACACCAGGGGCAGAGUCUGUCAAGCUCCGGGCAGGUCUGUCAGCUGAUGUGGUCCCUGGAGGGAAACCAGGCCCUCGGAGGACAAAGCCUUUGGUCAUAGCAGAUGCAGGUGGGCCAUCACUCCAGAGAAAAGGAGACCUUUUGGCCAAUCAGGAUACUUGCCUUUCAGCCCUCAGAGCACUGAGACAAAUCAUACUGACAAGUGGUACACUGCUAAAGGAUGAUAUACACAAGCGUCUUCAUGAUGUGGUGCUGCCGCUGAGUGUGCGUCUUCAGCAGCAACAGUCCAGCAGCAACAGUGCAUGUGAAUCUGCAGGGGGCGUUAGUGGGCAGUACAGCAGUGCCCUUGCCCGAAGAGAGCUAUACAGGUUAUUGCUGGCUCUGGUCCUGGUCCCAUCACCCUGUUGGCCUCCACCUCUGACCUGUGCUGUAUCCAUCCUCAGCAACGCACGCGCUGACCGCAACCUCAAGGUCUCUACAUUCUGUACUGAGGCUCUGACCAUCUGUAACUCCCUCCUCCACCCCCGCACUCCCUCCCUCACCCUCCCCUUACCCCCCCUUACCCUGAAACACACCCCUACAGUUCCAGUCCUCCCAUCCUCCCAGGGGCCUACCCCUGGUCUCACUUUGCCAACCCUUUUAGGAGGAACCGCCCCUGGUCCUCCCUUCCCCACCCGCCACUCGCUCGGCCUGGGCCCCGCUUCCCUGCUGGGCUCUCUGGAGAACCACCUCUCCCUGGUGCCAGGGCUGCCGGGUCAGGCCCCCACCCCAGGAGACAUGAUCCUGUCCCCGCACACACACCAUCUGCCAGAUCAGGCUUCGCUUGGCCCUCCAGAAGGGCAGAGACCUGUGUUCAUCCGCUAUGAAAAAGAGGAAACGGAGGACGUGGAGAUUUCUCUAGCCAGUGACUCAGACGACAGCGUGGUCAUUGUUCCUCCGGGUAUGCUCAACAUGGAGAACCAGCAGGAUGACACGGCAGUAGCAGCAAACUCCCAGAACAUGGCCUCUGCUGCACCAGGGAGCACUACAGUCACGCUACCAGGAGGAGAAUGUGUCACCAUGGUACCCACAACAGCAGCACCAACCACAUUAGAUGGCCUCUCGCUUUCCAACAACCUCGCCACCUCCUCCCCCAUCCUCUCCACUUCCACCACCCCCAUCAACUCCUUCCCUCCUUCUAGCACCUCAGUGGUUUCCUUGGUUCCACCUUUGAACUCCAGCACACUCACAGCUCCACCUGGUGGUUUGGGGGACUCAAUGCCUGGCAGACCUCAGCUCCAGCAGAUGCUGCUGCAGCCCUCCACACCGAGCCAGCCUAACCCCAUGGGUCUACCUCUCCAGAUGCAGCAGCUGCAGAAUCAGCUCAGUCAGCAGGGACGGCACCUCCACCAGCACCAACCACCACCUGCCAGCAACGAAGAUUCAGCUGUCAUCAACAUCAACAGCACCGACGAGGAGGAGGAAGAGGAGGAGGACAUGGAGGAUGAUGAAGAGCUGGAGGAGGAAGAGGAAGGGAUGGAUGAGGAGGAUGAGGAGGAGGAAGUGAGCGAUUUUGCUGAGGAUGAGUUUUAUGAUGGAGAGGAGUAUGAGGAUUAUGAUGAAGAAGAGGGGGAAGAGCUGGAGGAAGAGGAGGAGGAAGAGGAUGGGGAUAUACCUCCUCUUGAGGGUGCAGAGGACAAAGCAGGAGAGGUGGGGAUGGAGGAGGGGAAGGUGCUCCAAGCAGCAGUGGAUGAAGGAAGGAUGGCUGGAUUCAGUGUGGAGAGAGAUGAAGAAGGAGGGAUAGAGGAGAUCCACACCAACAGAGUGCUGUUUGGAGAGGACAGGAUGAAGUUGCAGGAGGUGGAGAGCAUUGGAGUCCUGGAGGAGGCACGGGAGGGUGAGGGGGAGGAUGAUGAAAGUGAAAGGAUGGAUGAUCCCACCAUGCCACAGAUACUCUGUGUUACCGGAGGAGCAUUGGAGGAGAGGGAGGAGACAGAGGAGUUAGGGAGAGCUGGAGGAAGAAUGGUGCAGGAGGAUGCGAGCUUGUGGGAGCAAGGAGCCAGUGCGAUUGAGCCAACAGCCUCCUCAGAAGAACACACAACCAAUCAGAAUCAACAGGAGUCAAGGGGUGAACCAGCACAGGAAGCCAGUGUCAUUGAUAACCACCCAUGCAGUCAUCAGGAAGAACAGCUAGCAGCUGCUCAAGAAGCAGACUCAGCAGCUGCAGAUCCUGAAACUUCAACAGGUCUGAAUACUAAAGCGCAAGAGGAGAGAAAUGCUGAGAAAAAUGAAAAAGUGGAAGCAGAGCACAAAGAGACAGAGGGAGGAGGAGGGGGAGAGAGUGAUGGAGAGGCGGAGAAAGGAGUGAAGAGGAAAAGAGAUGAGGUGCACAUGGAUGAAGAGGGACAAAGCACUGAGAAGAAAAAGAUGGAUGAUGAAGCAAUGGCCUCCAUGUUGGCUGAUUUUGUUGCCUGUCCACCUGAUGAUGAAGAUGGUGCCUCUGGAUCGAACCGCUCAUAAAAUUUGACAGCCUAAACUGAUGUAACUGAAGUCACCAUGGAUGCAGGAGAUGCUGCCAGGAUCCUGUAUCAUUACUUACAUUUCCAAGAUUUAGUUACCUCAUAAAACUACUCCCUUAUCAUUUUUGACAUCUUCAGUCGUUGUUCACAUUGUUCACAUUAUACGUAGAAUCUGGCCCCCAGGUUUCUUUCUUUUAACAUUGUUGUCGACUUUGAGUUGCACUGUGUGGGGUGUGGGAAUACUUGGAGAAAGACACUUUUUUUUUUUUUCAGACUUUUUACUGUCACACCACCCAGCUUUUAAUUGGCACAAUCUAGUUUUACAUGAGCUAAAAGAAACAAUACAUUUUCUAGAGUCCCAAGUACUACCGGGGAGGGAGGGAGGGAGGGAGGAAGGUGAAGCUCUAUGAAGUGUCACUCAGAAUGCUAGCGUUUGUUCUUGUAUACGGUACAUAUUAUCCUACAGUUAGUGUAUGCAGUGGGUUUUUCUUGGAUUUAUAUGUACCUUUUGUGCUCGUCAUGUUUUGUCAUUACUGUCAUACGCUUUGUUAGAAAAAGUAAAGAAAAUCAAACUACA